AUGACGACAGCGGCUGAACCUGGGGCGCAGCCGGCCACCGCUGCCGCCGCUCCAGACCCCGUGCCGGCGGUUGUGAGGGAGCCUGCGGCAGCGGCUGCAAAGGAGACCGCCGCCACGACCGCCCCUGCCACCGAAGCCGCCAUCGCUGCCGUGCCCGCUACGGCGGAAGCACCUAUAAUAGCACCAUUGCCUGCUGCCGCCCCUGCACCACCGCCGUCGGUCCCACAGAAGUCGCCGGCCGAGGACUCGACCACCUCCGCCGCGGCAGCAGCACCAGCCUCGGCUACGCCAGAAGCACCACCUCCGGCCGCAGCAACAGCAGUUCUCCCCAUGGCCGCCGAGAAGAAGCUGGAUGGCGAGAAGACACAGAAGCCAGGCAAGGACGGCAUCGACGAGAUCAACCCGCAGGACUUCAGCGGCGAGGUGCAGAGCAACAACGACCUGCCCUCGGCCGCGACGCUGCGCAAGAUCGAGAACUAUACGGUGCUGGAUCGCCACGGCAAAUCGCACACCUUCCGCAGUCUCUACACGGGCCGCAACGUCGCCCGCCGCGUCCUGCUGAUCUUUGUGCGGCACUUCUUCUGUGGUAACUGCCAGGAGUACCUACGCACCCUCUCUGCCUCCAUCACCCCGGAGGCCCUCCUGCAACUUCCCAUCUCCACUUUCAUCGCCGUCGUGGGCUGCGGUGACCCGGGUCUGAUCGACAUGUACGUACGCGAGACGGGCUGCCCAUUCCCCGUUUACGCCGACCCGACACGUCGGCUGUACGAUGAGCUGGGAAUGGUGCGCACCCUCGCCAUGGGCCAGCGCCCGGCGUACAUGCGCAAGUCGAUGCUGCUCUCGGCCCUCAGUAGCGUCGCCCAGGGCCUGCGCCAGGUGCCCUCGGGCAAGGCCACAAAGGCGGGUGACCACCGCCAGAUCGGCGGCGAGUUUCUGUUCGAGCCCCUGACCGUCCACACGCCCGCUCCCGUCGAGGACGACCUCGACCGCCGCAUCGGGGAACACCAGCUCCAUGGCAGCAGCAUCACCCGCCAGACCAUUGGUGAAGGUCUCUCCCUCAAUGAAGAUUCAGGGGCUGUCGUUGCCAAAAAGGAGAGCAGUGCUGCUACGACACCGGAACCGGCAACAGCAGCAGCCGCAUCAACGGAAAUGACGACGACGACAACGCCGCCUGCAGCAGCACCCGCCGACACGACAACACCCAACGGAGCGACGGCAACAAACACCGCGAGGGAAACCAACGGCAACACCCCACGGGGGAGCAGUAUUAGCGGCACCAGGCCGACGGUCCAGGUCCCCGUGCAGCACGACGGAGCGGACGAGGAGGAGGGCUACGUCGAGGACAAGCAGGUGACGUGGUGCCAUCGCAUGCGCACAACGCGCGACCACGCCGAGAUCCCGGAGUUGAUGGAGGUGCUCGGCCUCGAUGGCCAGGGCGUGCCCAUCAAGGACAACAAGCGCUGGUCGCGCGCCCUCGAAACCCGCAAGGGCACAGGUCUCAGCAUGGCCAGCCAGAUGAGCGCCAUCAGCAGCAGCCGCGGCAGUGGCAGCAUCAAGAGCUUCGAUGCCGCCGCUCCUCUGCCUAGCGGGAAGGCCUGA